ACGAAAGAACGACGAUUCCACCGACCAUGGACAUACAGAAAUCCAUCGAAAUUCCGGAAUGGGUGAGACCUGAGAUCUUUGAAGAUCUCCUAAAACACCAGGUCAAGGAUUACAAAGAAACGAAAUCUCUAAGACCCAGUGCAGGAGUCGCUAAGGGCGAAAAUUAUGCCACCAUAAUGCUGAGGGUUGAGUUGGAUGUAGAAACUGAAGACAAAUCACAGGUGACAAAGGCCUUUAUGCUGAAGACACCCAUGGCUGCACAUCGCCUUAUAUUAAUUAAAGGAGAUAAUAUUUUCGACACAGAGCGAGGAAUGUAUUUGAAAGUAGUACCCGAGUUGGAGCAAAUGUAUCGCGAUGUGGGUCUCGAGGUGAAGUUCGGGGCUGACGCCUAUGAGAUCCCCACCAGCGAUUACUAUGUUCUGCUGGAGGACCUGAAGCCCCAAGGAUUCAAGAAUGUCGAUCGUCUACAGGGUUUAGAUCAAGCUCACACCGAGAGUGCUCUGCGGAAAUUCGCUCAAUGGCAUGCCGCAUCGGCAGUCCGUGUGGAUACCAAGGGGCCAUACGAGGAGAAGUAUACAAGGGGAUUCUUCAAAAGCCAGCCAGUCUUAAGCUCUAUCUGCAAUGGUAGCAUGAAGUCUUUGCUGAAGUACAUUGAACUCUACGAAGGACACGAGACGUACUUAAAGGAUUUGCAUAAUAUUUCGAAGAAGUUAAUGGAUGUGGUUGUUGGUCUAGGAGAGCCGAAAUCUGAAGAGUUCAAUGUUCUAAAUCAUGGAGAUGCGUGGAGCAAUAACAUUAUGUUUCAGUACAACGAGAAAAAUGAGAUAUUGAAUACAUAUUUUGUGGAUCUUCAAUUGCCAAAAUGGGGAACAGUAGCACAGGAUUUGUACUACUUCCUCCUUUCAUCUCCAAGCUUGGCUAUUAAAACCCCGAAAUUCGAUUAUUUCGUUUGGUUUUAUCACUCGGAGCUCGUCAAGCACCUUCAACUCCUAAGCUAUUCAAAACCUCUGCCUACGCUGAAAAGUAUACUUCACGAUCUUUCCAAGUACACUGGUUGGGGUUUCAUUUCCACCAUAUGGAUACUGGGUUAUGUUUUGAUGGAUCCCACUAAUUACACUGGCUUUGAGGCACUCUUUAGUGACGAAGAAAGUAGUUUUAAGAAAUCAAUGUUCACUAAUCCCAGAUACCGAAAGCAUGCGGAAGUCCUUUUGCCAUGGCUCCAAUAUCGGGGCGCCCUGGAAUAAACAAUAAAUUAUAUAUUUUCAAAAUACUGUA